AUGGCGGUCGGACAGCCGAAAACCCGCACCGUCCCCCUCGUCCCCCUCCCCCACAACGUCGUCCUCCUCCCCGGCAUCACCGCCCGCAUCCCGCUCCAGAACCGCGCCGACAUCGCCGCCAUCCUCGCCCACAUCUACUCCAAAGCCUCAACCCCGCGCCCGGAACCCAACAGCGUCACCGUCGGCUGCGUCCCGCUCAACUCGCCUUACCUCAGCCCAGACGGCCAGCGCAUGAUCGAGGAUGCCGGCGCAAAGGAUGAUAGAGCGACGCAGGCCACCGAUCCCGCGCAGGCGAGGAAGCCGGAUUUGUUCCGCUACGGCACGUUGGCGCGGGUGACGGGGGUGCAGGGCAGGACGCCGGGGGAGUUGACGUUGGUCGUGGAGGGGAUGGCGAGGUUUCGGGUGGAGAAGUUCACGAAGGAGCGGCCGCACUUUGAGGCGAGGAUUGCGGUGCAUGAGGAUGCGCCGGUGGCGGCUGGGGAGGCGGAGGGGAAGGUUGGAGAGUUGUUCGCGCAGUUGAAGCAGUUGAGCCGGGAGUUGAUCGCGUUGAUUCGACUGUCUGCGCUGCUGCCGCGAGGACCGUCGAUGUCGCUUUCCCCGAUCCUGGCGCGGAGAUUGGAGCUGUUUAUUGUGAGGAAGGAUAUCAAUGAGGCUGGGGUGCUGGCGGAUUUUAUGACGAAUAUCAUCGAUUGCUCGCACGAGGAUAAGUUGAGGAUACUGUCCGCACUCGCGGUGCCGGAGAGGUUGGAGAGGAUCAUUGAGAUCUUGCAGAAGGCGAUUGGGAAUUUGCAGAGCAAUUCGACGAGGACAGUGGUCAUCGCGACGAAUGCGCCGCAGCAGAACGGAAACAUCGACCCGGAGAUGCUCAACAGGCUACGCCAGGAUCCGAGGUUGAGGAGGAUGGGGAAUGGGCAGAUGCCGGGGAAUGGCAUGGCUGGCUUUGGACCGCCCGGUGGCGAGCAGGAAGAGGCGAACGAGGUGGAUGAGCUGAAGAAGCGGUUGGAGGAGGCGAAGCUCACGCCAGAGGCACAGAAGGUUGCGGAUCGCGAGUUGAAGAGGCUGGCGGGCAUGAACCCGGCGCAGGCAGAGCAUCAGGUGAUUAGGAAUUACUUGGAGAAUCUGGCUGAGAUUCCGUGGUCGAAGGUUACAGAGGAUAAUUUGGAUGCCGCGACGUUGCAGAGGGCGAGGAAGCAACUGGACGAUGACCAUUACGGUCUGGAGAAGAUCAAGAAGAGGUUGUUGGAGUAUCUGGCUGUGCUCAAGCUGAAGCAGACGGUCAACCUGGAUCUGGAGAGGCAGAUCAAGGCGAUUACACAGGCUGGGGAGGGUAAAGAAGAGAAGGAGGCGGUGGUGAAGCCAGGUGCUGUUUCAGAGGCUGAUUUGGAUAAAGACGUUGCGCCGACGACGAGGGACACGAAGAAGGCAAGGCAAGACGAGAAGCCACGAGAAAAGACGUCAGAGGAGGUCAAGCUGCUGCAGCACAAGAAGAUGGUGGACAAGUCGCCUAUUCUUCUGCUUGUAGGACCGCCUGGAACGGGGAAAACAUCUUUGGCGAAGUCGGUGGCUACCUCGCUCGGCCGGCAGUUCCACCGCAUCUCGCUCGGUGGCGUGCGGGACGAAGCAGAGAUCAGAGGACAUCGUCGGACUUACGUCGCUGCCAUGCCCGGUCUCAUCGUCAACGGCCUGAAGAAGGUCGGCGUUGCGAACCCGGUCUUCCUGCUCGACGAGAUUGACAAGGUCGGCACGUCUUCCAUGCAUGGCGAUCCGUCAGCGGCUAUGCUCGAAGUGCUCGACCCAGAGCAGAAUCACACUUUCGUCGAUCAUUACGUCAACAUCCCGAUUGAUCUGAGCAAGGUCCUGUUUAUUGCUACGGCCAACACUCUCGACACUAUCCCUGCGCCGUUACUGGACCGCAUGGAGACCAUCCAGCUCUCCGGCUAUACUUCGCUGGAGAAGAGGCAUAUCGCCACCCAGCAUCUCAUCCCGAAGCAGAUCACGACCAACGGUCUCGAGAAGAAGGACGUCGACAUCGAGGAGGGUGCGCUCGACAAAGUUAUUACGAGCUACACUCGCGAAUCCGGCGUGCGAAAUCUCGAGCGUGAGCUGGGAAGCGUCUGCCGUGCCAAAGCUGUGCAGUUCGCUGAAGCUCGGGAUACCGACAAGAUCUCGACGUAUACCCCCAACGUCUCAAUCGAGGACCUGGAAGAUAUCCUCGGUAUCGAGCGUUUCGAAGAAGAAAUCGCCGCCCGCAACUCCCAGCCCGGCGUCGUCACCGGCCUCGUCGCCUAUAGCCACGGCACACAAGGUAGUAUCCUCUUCAUCGAGAUCGCGGACAUGCCCGGCUCCGGACGCGUGCAACUCACCGGCAAACUGGGCGACGUGCUGAAGGAGAGCGUCGAAGUCGCCCUCACCUGGGUGAAGAGCCACGCCUACGACCUCGCCCUCACCGCCGAUCCGAGCGAGGACAUCAUGAAAUCCCGCUCCAUCCACGUACAUUGCCCCUCCGGCGCGAUUCCAAAGGACGGACCUAGCGCCGGUCUUGCGCACACUAUCGCCCUCAUCUCGCUUUUCAGCCAUAAAGCCGUCCCGCCUACCCUCGCUAUGACCGGCGAAGUCGCUCUACGAGGGAAAGUGAUGCCCGUCGGCGGCAUCAAGGAGAAGCUCAUCGGCGCCAUGCGAGCGGGUGUGAAGAAGGUCUUGCUACCGCAAGGUAAUCGGAAGGACGUCAAGGAUUUGCCGCAGGAGGUCAAGGAUGGGUUGGAGAUUGUCACCGUGGGACAUAUCUGGGAGGCGCUGGCGCAGGUGUGGCCGGAUGGGCAGUGGGAUAAGAUGCAGGGGUGGGCGUCGAGUCGGUUGUGA